AUGGCAAGGAAGAAUGCUCAGGAAUCUUACCAAAGAGUUCAGGAAGCUAAGGCAAAGUCCCGGGCCAGGGCAGGUGGUGCCAGGGCAGUCAUCUCUCCUCCUCCUCCUCCUCCUCCUCCUCAAAACGUGGGGACUCCCUCUCAGCCUAUUGUGAUUUCUUCAACUUUGUCUCGGCCACUCCCUUCCGCCCGACUUCUUCCUGAGCCGGAGAAGAAGAAGCAAUUGAAGACUCGGAGGCAGAGGAUUAUCGAGUCCCCUCCUCGUUCUAAGGACGCCCCGAGUUCUUCAGUUGUUCCUCCGAUUUCCUCUUCAUCUCCUGUGGCUGCCUCUCUUCCUGGUCCUGAUGGCGCUCUUCCUGGCUCUGGUGGUGGUGAUCUGUCUACUCCUCUGAAAAAGUAA